CUGGCAUCUCGAACAAAAAAAAAAUAUGGUGAUGAAUAUGUGUCUCGAGCCGACCUCUGCAUAAACCUUAGCCGCAUUCCUGCAAGCUGCAGGACCCCAGAGCUACGGCGCUGCGCUCAGUGAACACGCCGUUUAGAAGGAGGGUCGUCACUCCUAGUAAGGUCUCUUUAAGAAGUUUCCGGUAAUUUGACACUUGGAAAAAAAAAACGCUCUCUUCCUUGGAGUUACCCAAGCCGACAGUGCAGUAUCCAGCAUCAACUUGAAAUCGCAUCGCACCAUAAAGAGUAUAGCUGUUCUGUUAUUUUUAUAGCAGGAGAUUGAUUUUUUUUUAAAUGUGAAGCAUGCGGCGCCGAUAGCAAAACCAGUUGAUACUAAAUUAGUGUUUUGUGUUUACAGCCGCAUGCAGCUGCAGGGGCGUGCUGCCUGAAUGAUGACAACAUGAAUGGUCUUUAAUAUCUUAUGGAGCAUAAUGCUGUCAAGAGAAGCGGCACUGCGCUGCGGUUGAUACACAUACUCCUAUACAUUUUUUCUUCGAUGAAGGAGGAGUGGAGGUACAGUCGCAGUUAAACCAUGGAAACGGGUGGGCUGCAAUGUAAGAGCGUCGUUGAGGAGCUUUGGAACCUCAUGGAAUGUUAACAAAAAAGUCUUACUGUGGACCAGCAAGGGGAAAUCAUUCCGCUUUUUUGAUGAAGAUUGUAUACAAGAGCGUGGUUGAGCUGCAAUGGAUCUCUUUACUCAGCUGAUUCUUGGAAUCGCUGUGGCAAGUUUCUUUUUCUUUCAAAUCCUCUUUCAUUAUAUCAGCCCAUGGAUGUCCAUUUAUGUCAGCUCUGGAUUCAAAAAGCUCAGUGUCAAACAGAAGAUUGAAUGGAAUUCCAGGACUGUUUCAACUCUGCAUGCCUUGAUUGUUGGGAUAUUUUGUUUAUACAUAUUGAUGUUUGAUGAUGCAGUCAAUGAAGACCCUGUCUGGGGAGAUCCCACGUUGGUAAAGCUAAAUGUUGCUAUAACCACUGGCUACCUCAUUUCGGAUUUGCUGCUUAUUUUCUACUAUUGGAAGGCAAUCGGAGACAAGUUUUUUGUAGUGCACCAUGUUGCAGCGCUGUAUGCUUACUACUAUGUACUGGGUCAAGGAUUCUUGCCUUAUUUUGCUAACUUUCGUCUGCUUGCAGAGUUUUCCACACCCUGUGUCAAUCAGCGCUGGUUCUUUGAAGUCCUAGGUUAUCCCAAGUCUUCAAAACCCAACAUAGCAAAUGGAGUGAUGAUGGCAGUGAUUUUCUUCAUGGUGCGGAUUGCUGUCAUGCCCUUGUACUACAAAAAGAUGAUUUCCAUCUAUGGAACAGAAGCUUUCUACAGGCUGUCUUUUGGGGGUCGUAGUGCUUGGAUUUGUUCAAGUAUUUGCUUGGAUAUUAUGAACAUUAUGUGGAUGCACAAAAUAGCCCGUGGUUGCUAUAAAGUUCUGCGUUCUAGCAGAAAAUAUAAGGUAGACAAUUAAGAAAAUGGUAACAUUUACUAAUGAAAAUAUGAUUACUACUGAUAGAAAGGAAGACUUUGGAUUCUGAAAAGGAAUGCACCUUCUCUGUUAUAAAUAUUUCCAUGAAGUGCUUGUCCAUAUGAAAUGUUACUCCACUCAUGCAUCUGCAAAUAUUUUGUCAUUUGACAUCCAGUGCAAGCUGCUACAUGCAACAUUCUUAGUCAGUUUAAAAAAAUUAAAGUAUCGAUAAUUUUGCUUAAAAUGUUCAGCUUCAAUUCAUGGUUGUGUCCUAUUAGUUGAACUACAACAGAACAGCUGUUUUGCCCCUAAUGAUACUGCAGCCGAUUGUAUGAUUGUAAUUCCAGAAAAGAUGGGGAGAAAAAGCUAUUCAUUUUUAAAACGCUUUGAGAUGAGUUUCUCAGGUUUUAUUUAAUGAUGAACCAAAAUAAUAUGUUAGCUAUAUUAUUACUGGUAACAUGCUUUAUCACAGAUACAAAACUAUUUUUUCUUUCUUCUAAUGUGGAUGUUUAGUUCCCUGGGAACAGCUGUCACAUUUCAUGUAGUACUUUGACAUUGCUACACAUUUAAAACGAUGAAUUUCAGCAGUGUUGCUGUUUUAAGAUGUUUUAACAUCCUAAAGCCUACCGAAUUGCAAAGGAAAACACAGAAUCAUGAUUCCAGUUUGAGAAUAAUGCAGUAUUGCUAAGAAAGGUUUGUUACUUUUAAGAGUUUCCUGUUUUGGGGAUCUAAUUGGAUUUCCAGAUCUAGGACACACUUAUUUAAAAUGCAUUUUAUAUAAUUAAAAAAAAAAAGGCAACAACAUGGUGAUUCCAUGUGUCAAUUAAGAGUGCCAAUCAGCAAAAGAAGCAUAUCAAGUGCAAUAAAUUGUAUGCAGAUACUGAUGAUGUAAACUUCACUCAAUGGUUUUGGAUUAUCUGCAUUCUCUGAAAAGGACUUUCAGCUUUGUGAUGAAUUCAGGCCUGCUGAUUGGCUGCUUGCUUGUUCUCAGUGGGCAAGUUUCACUCCCUCUGCUGGUGUAAAGAAAAGGUGAUUAUAAAAAAGGCUAAUUCUGUGUGUAGGGAUAUAUCAAUAUUUUUAUACUUCGUUUAACUUUGGAGUUUUAAUGGAAAAGGGACUAAAAGUGCACUUAUGCUUCAAAUACAUCUGCUUUACAUAGGAAAUUUAGUUUAUUAGGCUUUCUUGAAAGUUCCUAAUUGUCAUCAAUGUGCAUUAGCUACAUUUUUAAUUGGAGUAGCACUGAUGACAAAGUGAUAGAUAGAUGGUAACUUUACCAAUAACAAGGGUACAUUCUAAAGGAGGAUUUUUUUUUAAAUACUUAAGGUCUUACCCUGUAUUGUGUAGCAUGUUUGCAUAUGUAGAGCAUCAGCAAUGACCUGUAUGUUGAUCUUUUACAGACACAUCAAUUCAUGUAUACAAUACUAUUAAAAUGCUGUAUUCUUACUACAGUUUAUGUAUAAAAGUGCAUGCUGCAAUAUUUUCUCAUUAAUAAAAGUGUCGAUGGCAACUUUUUACUUUAAGUACUGUAACUUGUUAAUGCAUCAAAGACAAAACCCUAUACACGUUGUAAUUUUUGUAAAUGCUCCCUUUAACAAUAGGUAAAUUAUAUGCACAAGGCCUUCUGUACAGAAGGUGGAAUUUUCUUCUUUUACUUGAUUACCUCAUUCAGUAUGUUAAUGACAUGCACCUAAUUUUAAAACCAGCACGUCUGCAUUUAAUACAGAAAUGUUGAAUCUAUUUAUGGAUCUGUAUGGUAUGAAUUAUAAAUAUAUGGUUCUGAUGUAUGUAAAUAUUACUUCUUAGUAAGAGAUUACUAUCAAAAUAUACAGAGGCUGUUAAAUUAUGCUUAUGAUUUUUUUUCACUUUGGAUAAUUUUAGUUGGAAUUCAUGAGGUUUGAGUCUUCUUUUAAUGGGGGUAAACUUUCUUACAUAAUGGGUACAAAUCAGAAGAUUUAGUGUUUGGCACAUUCACUUAAACAACAUUGAUGCCUUAAUUGUAUUCUAUUGUCAUUUCUUCUUGUGAUUUGCCUUCACCGUGAACAUACGUAACACAAAUUCAGGAGCAUGGGUAUGGUAAACAUUCAAAGUGCUUUUGUUUUUAAAAUUGUUUUAUGUCCAGUUUUCUGAUAGUUGUAAUUAAACAAUUUUUUAUUGUCAAUUUAUCUUUUCUGUGGUUGUUAGCAGUGCUUCUGCCAAGUUCUUUUAAAUGUAAAUCUAGAGAAGAGCACUACUUUAGAGUUGAUAUACAAAGCAGUUUUGCUUUUAUUUUUAGAUUUAUUAGGUAACUAAAUUGUUUAUAAAUUGUCACCAGCGAUUAGAGUUUUGCAAGCAACGUUUGCUGUUAUGGAGACCAUUUCUAUUUCAAAAAGUAAGCAAUAUAUCUGUUGUUUUGCAUUGUAUCUACUAAAAAUAUUUUGCAUAAUUAGAUGCAAAAAUAUUUUUUUCCUAAUUAAAAUACUAACUGUAUUUGAAAGCACAAGGUUUAGUUACGUGUUAUUAGAAUUUUACGCUUUCAGAUAUUUUUAAUGCCCCUUUCAUUUCAUUGAUUUGAUUUGCCUUGUUUUGAGCAACAUUCCGUUCUGCAUACAUGUUAUACUAUAAAUGCUUACAUAUGUAUAAUACAGUGUACUCAUACUGCAUAAUAAAAUAUAUUUGAUUAUCUACAAACGUGGUAAAUUAAGUUCAAAUCACUUUCAGAAUUGCGUCUUCUUCUGCAAGCCAGUACUAAAAAAUUACUUUUUCUUACUUUAACCAUCAACCUUCUUUACAUUCUGGUGAAAGAAAUUCAAGAAUGUAGAAGUGAAUGUGUAUAGAAUUUUUAUUUUGUGUUGGUUUUUCUCUGUAUUAUUAAUUCCUACAUACUUGGCCUGCAAUAAAGCAAUACAUUCAUAA